GCGGCAGCAGUGUCCAGAUGGAGUCAUGUUUGUUUUGCUGUUGAGCGGAGCCGGCAGUGCGGUAGGAUGGUGAGAGAAGCAAGUUUCUCUUGAGUGAGGAAUUAGAUCAAGCAGAAGAGGAGAGCCGCAGGGACCUGGCCCACCUGGAUCUGGGACCUGCAGGGGCCACUGGGAACAAGGUUUCUACUCCGGCUCUGACUGUCUUCUCUGGUCUCUUAUGAUGGAGGAGUGCAAGACUCCGAAGAGGACAAGAGGCCUGGACUAGCUGAAGCCGGAUCGUGUGGCCGAGGAGAGGGGCAUGUGUCCGGCCUCGGCGCAGGAGGAGCUGAAGGCCACGGGGGUGAUGGAGAGCUACCGCUGCCUCUUGCAGGCUGGAUCCCAGCUCCAGAGCACCCUGCAGCAGGUGACCGUCCCACUGAGCAUGAAGGAGGUGGCCGGCUACAUCGAGAAACAAGUGGCCUACCUUUCGGGCGGCCGCGGGGAAGACUCCAGCGUCAUCAUCACUCUCCCAGAAUGCUCUGCUUUCAGUGACAUUCCCGAGGAAGCGCUGGCCAAAGUCUUCACCUACCUCACUCUCAUCCCUCGAACGAGGCAGCCAGGAGUGAAGUUCAUCAUCAUCCUCGACAGACGACUGGACACAUGGGCCUCUAUCAAAACAGCACUUGCACGAAUCGCUGCUUCUUUCCCGGGGAACCUCCACCUGGUUCUGGUGCUCCGGCCCACCAGCUUUUUUCACCGCACAGUCACUGACAUUGGCUUCCGCUUCAGCCAGGAGGACUUCAUGCUUAAGAUGCCAGUGGUGAUGCUCAGCUCUGUCACGGAUCUGCUGCGCUACAUUGAUGAGAACCAGCUGACAUCAGAAUUCGGCGGGACGUUGGAUUACUGCCACAGUGACUGGAUCGUCUUAAGAACGGCCAUUGAAAGUUUUGCGGUUGCUGUCAAAGACAUUGCACAAAUGCUACAAGAGUUCGGGACAGAGCUGGAGGCCACGGAGCUUCCGGACGAGGGCAAUGUCAUCGAGCGCCUGCUGGAGUCCCACACUGAGAAGUACAGGAAACUCAAGGAGGCCAUUCGAUCGGUGUCAAAAGAGGCCCGACAUCUGCUCUCAAGUUUGGAAAGGUCUGAUAAGGUGGAUGACUCUCACUGGGACGUGAAGUUAGACUGGGAGACUGUGCAAAGGUUGCUUGCCCAACUGAGCGACAUGGAGUCAGCCUUCGACGGCUUUUUCGAGAAGCAUCGACUGAAGCUCACCCAGUACCUGCAGAUGCUCAGAUAUGAGCAGAGUUUUCAAGAAACUCAGUCGUGCUUGGAGACCCUCCUGGCUCAGGAGCGGGAGCUGUUCAUCUCAGUAGACGAUCUUGUUCAAACAGACGAAGCUCUUAAACGACUGGACAGUCUGGAAUCCGUCGCCCAGGACGUGAUGGCCAGAGCCAACUUUGUCAUCCUUCACGGGCACCAGCUCUCAUCAGGUCACCACUACGCCAUGGCCCUUAUUAUGCAACGCUGCAACGAGCUGCGCCACCACUGUGACACCCUCAGUGCCGCCCUCAGCAGCAAACGCUCUUGUCUUCUGCAAACCCACCAGCUGCUGCUUUGCCUCGGACAAGCCCAAACCUGGUGUGAUGAUGCUGCCUUUCUUCUCGCCACCCAACUGGUCGACAAGUCCCAGUCUAAAGAAGGAGCCCUCGCUGCCUUAAAGGACAUUGAAGCCUUCUUGGAGGGAGCUCCAUGUAUGCUCAGCUCUGGAGCGGAUGUCCUCGCCAUCGAGUAUGAGGCUGUGAUCACUCCACAAAUACAGACUCAAAUGACCAAAACAUUUGAGAAGCAUGCAGUGGUGCAGCAGAUGAUCCGGAACCGUCAGGCCUGUCUGAGGAAGCUCGCUGAUAAACACGUCCGUCCAGUCCAGCUCGUGGCGCCCAGAGCUGAAAACCCGCCGCGCUCCAAGUCACCGCUCUUCUCCCCCAAACACGGUGAUGGAUUGAAGUUCACUUUUGACAUAUCGCUGCCGGGGAAGAGGGCGUCUCGGAAGAGCCCCAACACUCGGAAAAUCGAGGUGAUUCAUGACUAUCAGGAGAGCCGGAGCUGUGUCUCCUACAGCCUUGAAGGGGAGGACAGCCCAGACCUCCUGAAGCGUCACGUGAUGCGGGAGCUCAUAGACACGGAGAGAAUCUACGUUGAGGAGCUGCUGUCUGUGCUUCUGGGUUACCGAGCGGAGAUGGACAAUCCUGCGCUGUCGGGGGUCCUGCCCCCGAUGCUGCGCAACAGGAGAGAUGUUCUCUUCGGAAACAUGCCUGAAAUCUACAAUUUUCACAGCAGGGUUUUCCUCCAGGACCUGGAAGGAUGCUUAGAAGCCCCAGAAAUGGUGGGCGCGUGUUUCCUGGCGAGGAAAGAACAUUUCCAAAUGUACGAAUGCUACUGUCAGAACAAGCCGCGCUCCGAUGCCCUCUGGAGACAGUUCUCCGACUGCGCUUUCUUUCAGGAGUGUCAGAAGAAGCUGGAGCACAAACUGGGCCUGGACUCUUACUUACUGAAGCCAGUCCAGCGCCUGACCAAAUACCAGCUGCUGCUGAAGGAGCUGCUGAAAUACAGCUCCGACUGUGAAGGCUCUGCUGAACUGCAGGAGGCGCUGACAGCCAUGCUGGACCUGCUUAAAUCAGUCAACGACUCCAUGCAUGAGAUCGCCAUCACGGGAUACGACGGCGACAUCUACGAGCUGGGCCGCGUGCUGAUGCAGGGCUCCUUCAGCGUGUGGAUCAGCCACAAGAAAGGUCCCAACCGCAUGAAGGAGAUGGCCCGAUUCAAACCCAUGCAGCGCCACCUCUUCUUGUACGAGAGGGUUUUACUCUUCUGCAAACGGAGGGAGGAGCACGGGGACGGCAGUGACAAGACCCCGUCGUACAGCUUCAAACAUUGCAUCAAAAUGACAGCGGUGGGGAUUACAGAGAAUGUCAAGGGGGACGUGAAAAAGUUUGAGAUCUGGUACAGCGGCCGAGAGGAGGUGUACGUGGUUCAGGCUCCGUCAGUGGAGGUGAAGAUGGCGUGGCUCACUGAGCUGCGCAGGAUCUUGACCAACCAGCAGAAGCUUCUCCGAGACGAGGCGUAUCAACACGGUCAGCUGGUGGAGCACAUGCAGCUCUCGUCUCCGCUUCCUCAGAGUAAGCAGCAGAGGGCGUCAGUGAGCUCAGAAGACACCGGGUCGGGGAGGAGCAGUCCUGAUCCACAGUCCCACUCGCCAAAGCCAAACCGCAGGAGUUGGCCUGGAGCUCAUCAUUCCGUAGACGUCUGUGAAGGUCUGGACGAGUGGGCCGGGUGUCUGGACCCUUUCCAGCCAACCGGGCCUCGGGAAGCAGCCUUGUCUGCAGGCAGGUACCAGGCUUUGGCUGACUGUCCCAGAAAUGGCCCCAAGAGCGUCGCUAUCAAAUGUGGAGACAUCAUUCAGUUGCAGCAUGAGGACAGCGCAGGGAGCUGGCUGGUGAAGAAUCUGACUCGACAACAAGAGGGUGUCAUGGCGGCUGCUAACCUGUGGUUGACUUUAGUGGGCAACAGCCACAGAGAUUCCAAACUAGGAGAUACAGGGAUGCUGAAGCCAAGAAAACUCAGUUCGCCGUGAAGAGCGUCUGUGGACCGGUGACUGAGAGACACGAGGUGUGGGAGGUGUCAGAGGGGAUGUGGUGAUGGGGAGCCCACUCCUGCUGUCAGUCUGUUUCCUGAGCGAAGGGACCACUGUGGCAUCUACUGUGCAGAUUGUUUUUGGAUGUGCAGACUAUGGAGCGCUCACAUGCUGCUGCAGCAGCAGGAGAGUGUCACGUCACCACCGGACUUCAAUGAUCCUCCAUUAUUCCUGCCUCCCACCAACGAUCAGCACGUUUUUAAAGGAGAAGUGCGAGUGGAGCAUUUCGUUUCUAUUUUAUAACAUCGGGAGAAUGAGUUCAAAUGCCAAUGUAUGCCAAACCGAAAUGCCUUUUUACUGACUUUUGAUGUUUUCCUGAAAAAGAGCUGUGAAAUGUUGAAUUAUUGAGUCAUAGACUUUCAUACUGAAACACUUUAAUAGGCCCUCGUGUCCAGCCUAUACAGUAUGUAACAUGUAUCCCAAGUAGUUCCUCCAGUAUUCUGCUGCGGUGUUUUAGGGAUCAUUGUAGGUGAUAGGGUUUACUAGAUUAUUUAAAGAUAUAAAAAUCCCUUCAAAGUUGAAACUGCCUUUGUCUCUGCAGUAUAAUCUCCUCAUAAUGUGAACCUAAGUUAACAAUUUAAAACUGAAUUCACUUUGGAUGGCACAAAAUACCAUUUAGGUCACACACUUUCGACUAUACAAACAUUUUCUGUUUUUGUUCAUUUCCAUUUUUUUCUCCAAAUAAAUGUUGUUUCCUUGGUUUGGACAGGAGAGGUGAGGUUAUCCCACCUGGCUUGACACCAGUAGCAGCUCACGGAUGUUGACUGAGGUCAGCUGACUCACAUUUGUCGCUAAAGAAAAGGCAGGUGAUUGUUUCUCCCUCUCUGUUACUGCUCUGUUAAUCUGCUGUUCCCCGAUGCAGAGCCUCAUACUGCCGACGUGAAAUACAGCCUGCGUGCUGAACACUUACUGAAAUAUUGAUCGCAUACUUAUAUCAAAUGGAGGCCUGAGCCGAAGCGCUGCCUUUGAUUCGCUCUGUUUGAUAUGGAGAUGAGUGUGGAAGAACAGCGGGGGCCACUUCACGCUACAUAUUCCUUUUGUGUUCAUUUAUUUAUUCUGCCGUCGACUAGUUCCUUAAAAAAUAAGAGCGUGAGACUCGCGCUCCUCUUAUGAAGCCACACUGUGGACGGACUUUUGAUUAUGCAAGACUCUUUUAAUGCUAUGUUUUGAUCCCAAAUGCUGCUAAAUUUGCACAGAUUUUCUGCUGAGAAAGUCAAAAUCAAGGCUUGAAUCGUCUGGAUCUCUCGUCCUGGAUGUUUUUCUUUUUUUAAAAACUGCAUGUGAGUACUUUUGUUUGUAACGACUUUCCUCGAUAGCUUUAAUUCCAAAACUAUUUUGUAAAUAAAAUAAACUAUUUAUUGCAGUGAUGUUCAAAAAUGGAGGCUUUUUUUUCAAUCUUUUUAGACUUUUUAACUAAUAAUAAUAAUAAUGUCACAAGAUUCAUUUGCUAUUUUUGUCCUCUUGAAAUCCAUUGACAAUGAAGUUGGAUUUUGUUUCAUAUGAGUGAGGGUGACUUCCCUAAGUUCAUUAUUGUUGUAAUACCCUGGCACACCAGCAGAUGUAGCAGUGAUGCACCAGUUUUGGCUUGUGUCCAUUGUUCCAGCUCUACUUAUUAUAUAUUCCAUUCCAGCGCAACUGCGCAGAACCUCCUUCGGCCUUGCUGUAAGAGAGGUCACUGUAAUCUUAUUGGGCCUGAGCAUGGUCACUGGCAAACUUUUUUGCCACUGGAAAAACCUCUCCAAACAAGGCUCCAACUAUUCUGUGAAUGAACGAUGAGGUGUGUACAUUUUUAAAAAUGAUAUGGUGAUAACAUCCAACAGUAGAUGGGCGGGGCAACCGUAAAGUUCACAUGUUUCUAUGCAUUCCUACAUGAUUUCUUCUGACUAGAAUUCAUAGGGGCCACAGGCUGAAGGUAAUAUGUUAAGAUCGCAUUUGCAAGUUAAAGCGGGUGCAACGGAAGGAAAUGAAAAAUGAGAUUUGAUCCAAUAUAUUUUCAGGUUUUCAGGGUGAACCCAACUUAAUAAACUCCAAUCUGCCGCAUUCAGAACCUUCAGAACCCAGCUUUAUAGUGACUGCAGAACGUCACGAUGGAGAUGGCGCCCACACUUCCAUCUUGACUUCAACAUUUGCCACUGUGGCACGACAUCCUUGCUGUCAUGAGCAUAGACACGCAUGGUCCCAAGACAGUUGCUUGAUGCUGAAUUACUACACCAGAGACUGAGACCAAUGAAUGACCAACAUUUCAGUUCUUGAUUUAUUUUGAAAAAUGACUCUUUAUCCCUUUGCUCUAAGAAAUAAAUGUUAAUAGACUGCUCCUGUAUUUACCUCCAAAUCUUGGUGUUGGACUUGGUCGACUAGGGUUAGGAGGUCUUGACUACUAGACACUACUAGAGUAUAUAUGAACGUCUAUUAAUGGGACCACGACCACAUGAUUCAAAUUUGGUGGAUCACUGAACCGUACUUACUGCCACCUGCCGUCCAACUGUGCUCAGUCCUAUGUACAGUAUAUAUGGCACCACAGUAAUUGGAUUUUACACAUUUCAUCUGUAUUUAUUAUCUAUUAUGAGUAUUUAUUUCAUCAUUUCCAAGCAGCACACGUCACGUCUUAAUCUUCAGACGCAUCUUCCACGGCUUCCACCUUGUGCUUGGUGAUUCCCAUGACGUAGUUGAUCCAGCGGUAGUAGAGUGAGACUCGAGUGUAAACACCAUAUUUCCCCUCUCGAGCACAUUCUUCCCCCCAACUCACUAUUCCAGUCAAGAACCAGGUGCCAUGAAUGUUGUUAGCGUGUGGCCCCCCGCUGUCCCCCUGGCAGGCGUCCUUCUCCUCGUCGUAGUACCCAGCACAGAACAUGUAGCGAGUCACCCUGGAGCUGGAGCUGCGUUUGCACUCGGCCCGAUGCGUGAAAGGAACCUCCACUUUCUGCAAGCUCUCCGCCAAGUUCCCAAGGUGGCGGGUCCGUCCCCAGCCGCUGACCGUGGCAGGAGACGCAAACUUGACCAGCCUCUCUAUGAAUUCCUUCGGUCCUAAGCAGAUGGGCCGGACGACAGAAGAGAAGCUGAUGGGAGUGGCGAGGUAAAGCAGGGCGAUGUCGUGGUUGUACACGCUGAUGCUGGUGUUGUAGCUCGGGUGAAAAAAUGUCUUCUGCACCUCGUGAUCCUGCUCGGUGUCUUCUUUCUCGUGGAUGUCGUACUCCCCUGCAGGCAGACGUUUGAGACACACAGGGGGCCCAUCAAUCUAACACAUACUUCCAGUUAAUGUUACUACAAUAAGAUCGCAUC